AUGGCUCCCGGCAUAAGCAAGCGCGAACAGGCGCGGAAUGAAAAGACUCUGGCGGAGCUGAUCCGGACCGUUCCUGGCAAUGACCGAUGUGCCGAUUGCGAUGCCUUGACCCCAGGAUGGGCAAGCUGGAAUAUGGGCAUCUUCCUUUGCAUGCGCUGCGCCGCACUGCACCGAAAGCUGGGCACGCAUAUCUCCAAGAUCAAAUCUUUAACCAUGGACACAUGGACAUCAGAGCAAGUUGAUGGCUUCGUCCCCGUGGAGUCAAGAAAGAAUGACUAUAACGUAUCUCCUGAGGGUUCUCCUCCUCCACUUCCGCCCAAGUCUGGAAGAUUUUUCAAGUUUGGUCUACGAUCGUCAUCCUCUACCUCGAACCUCCGCCGAUUUGGUGGUAAGCCCAAGGUGACUUCGCCAACCACGGACGAUGGAGCUUGGUCACCACCACCAUUGCAAUCCAGAAAGACGACAGGACUUGGUGCGCCUGUGGCCGAUGUAACAACAGCAUCUUUCGAGUCCAAAAUGGCGGCAUUGCAGCAGAUGGGAUUCACCAAUGACCGACGGAACGAGAUGGUCCUCAAAGGACUCCAUGAGGAUCUGGAUCGAGCGGUCGAAACACUGGUCAGGUUGGGUGAGGGGGGUAGCCCUGCAUCAAGAUCCAGGACCCCGGCCGGGACAAGCAGUGGUGCAUCCGCACACGUUGUAAUCCCGAAGCCUGAGACCUCCAAAAACCCAUUCCCCGUUAAAACCGACAAUACCUUCCCUGAGGUUUCCAACAACCCAUUUGACCGAGCAGUCUCGAAUCCUGUGGCCCCGUCGCAAGCCCAGCAACCACAGACCACUGCGUACAACCCAUUCGAUCAGAUGAACGGGAAGCCGGCAUCUACACAGCCUUUAGAGUCAUCUUUCCAGGGCCUGCAGGUUUCCCAGCCCUUGUUUCCCCACUCCACUGGUGGGUACCCAAACCAGACAAGCUCCAUGCAGCACUCUCUACAUCAGCAGUCCUAUACGCCUCCGGUCACUGCGACAUUCGCGCAGUCUCCCUAUGUUACGUCGCCUCAGCCAAUGGACAACAGCUACAAUCCAUUCGAUCAGGCACCACCGCAGCCGCAGGGCGGCUUGGCUAGCCAGACAUAUCCCAACCCUAAUGCCCCGCAAACGAACCCUUUCUUCAACACUGCGCCACAGAAUCAACCCAUGCAGCCGCAACAGCAGCAAAUGAACCCGCUGAUGACGAAACCAGGCGGCUUUGAGCCCCCCUCGUCAUGCAAAUACCAUGCCGUACAGCAGCAGCAACCACAGAUGCAGAUGCAGCCGCAGAUGCAGCCCCAACAGCAACAGCAGCAGCCAUCAAAUGGCCUGGGAGCUUACAACCCGUUCCAGCAAGGGCCGGCGCCGAACACAGCGCAGAACACAGGCGGCUACCCCAACCAAUUCCAGUCUCACCUGCAACCACAGCCACAGCAGGCGCAGCAACUCAUGCCCCAGCGUACUGGAAUGGACAAAAACAGCAUUCUUUCCUUGUACAAUAUGGGUCCCGCGCAGUCUAACAUGACAACCAUCGCCGAGCAACCUCAGCAACCUCAGCAACCUCAGCAACCUCAGCAAUCCCAGGCCCCACCUCCCUCGAUGAACCCUUACGCCCAACCAUCAAACCCGUACACCUCCAUGCCUCAUACCCAGCAAUCCACAAACUUCCAGAAUCAACACCAGAGCCAACCCCAGCCCCAGCAAAAUUUCCAGUCCCAGCAACCUACUGCCAACACCCAGCCCACCACAUCCAACAACCCCUUCUUCGGCACCGCUCCCACAGGCAGUGGAUCCGGCCUUGCCGCACAGGCCGGCAUCAACACGUAUCAGCAGCAAUCCACAGGACUCGGAAUUGGCGGCAUGAACGACCAACCCGGGGCCGGAACUACCACCGGGACUACUCAGUCCACAGGGACGAACAACUCCCAUUCUCGGGAAUGA